UGUAGCAACACUUCCGCGUUCAGCUGUUUUUGAUGCGCGAGGCGGUUUGUUUUAUACCUAGUAGUAAAGUUCAUAAACAUCACAGUUUUUAUUCCGCUGUGAUUUUCAUCAUAAGUGUUAAAUACGAUGUUAAAGCGCGAUGUGGACAAGUUAAACUCUCCGUCUGACUUCAUGGAGACACGUUUAUCAGGCAUGACCGGCGCCUCCCCUCAUCUAACCCUGCUUACUCCAUCUCACUUCACUGCUACUUCUACUGUGACAUCAUCCUCUACUCCCACCCUCACCUCUGUGACUCCCAUGUGCACUUCAAUCCCCCUCCCACAUGGGGCAGAUCCAUGGGCCCUCCACCAGGAAGUGAUGCAGCUCCACCAGGAGAACCAGAGACGGCACCAUACACACAGUUCACACACACCACUGAGAGAGGAGAUGGAGGAACUUAGGAGGAAGGUCGAGAGACUGAUGGAGGAGCUCAGAGAGAGAGACACCAUCAUCAGCAGGCAUUGUAGUGAACGAGAAGACUUGUGUGCUGAACUUAAGCAGAGUACACAAAAGCUUGCAGAGCUGCAGACAGAGUGUGUGUUACAGCGUGAACAGUGGGAGAGACAGCUGCAUAACUCUAUAGAGGAAACACACAGAUUACAGAAAGACACACAGGAACAGAUACAUCAGAUGUGUGAGCAUCAUGAAGCAGAACUUUCAGCUUUGACUCACACCAAGUCAGAGCUACAGAACACACUCCACACUCUCACAAAGGAAAUAUCAUCACUCAGGUACCAGCUGGAGGAAGUGACAUCAGAGAGAGAUAUGCUGAAGGAACAGCUGAGUGCUCUGAGCAGUGAGAAAGCGGAGCAGGUUGAGACUCUGCAAAAGUUACGUAGCUACAUUGGAGCACACACAAGAGAAGAGGAACAGCACACACUUAUAGAGAGGCUGCAGAAGGAGAAAGAAGCAUUGUGUUUAUCUGUUGAGCUGCUGAAUGUCCGAGUCAAAUCAGCUAACGACAUCCUGACACUACAGGAGAGAGAGCUGGAGGAGAAGUGUGAUUAUCUCCAUAAAAACAGGUCAUUUCGCUUAUUGCGGUUGUGGAGAGAGAAGGUCUUCAUGCUGCUCAUACAACUACGAUCAAAAGAUUCACAGCUACACACUGAGAACACACAACUACACCUCAUGGUGUCUGAGCUGCAGCAGGAGGUUCAGAAGCUUCAGUCACACAUUGCCUUACUGCAGCACAGCCUUCAGGACAAAACUGCACAACUACAGCUUCACAACAUACACACACAGGAGCUGCAGCAACAGCUGUGUAUUGCAGUUGAAGAAAAUGAAAGACUGAAAACACAUAAAGAGAGCAGUGAGAAAUCUACUACACAAAUGACUGAUACUGUACACAGGAUGAGUGUGUGUAUUAGGGACUGGGAGAAUAAGGUUGAAGCUGCUCAGUGUCAUAUGAGUUCUUUGACACAGAGACUCGACUUUGCCAACACACGUCUCCACACUGUGCAUGUUUUGCUGAUGAGGAGAGAAGCUCUAUGGAAAGUACAGCAGGCUACAAAACCUGCAGGAACUACAGCCUCAGACAGCUGCCUUGAGAGACUGCAGUCACAAGUGUCCCUUCUGAGCUCAGAGAGAGAUUCACUCAACCAGGAACUGAAACGAACACCUCAACUGAUCAGUAAUGCACUGAGAAACCUACAGCUACAGUUGGACAGGAGCAGGGAGGAAUUGGCAGUGUGUGAGUUGCGGUGUAUAGAGGCUCACAAACAGUGUGAGGAACAAGAGAGGACCAUCGUUGAGCUGCGCACUGAGGCCCAUCAGACACAGAGCGAUCUUCAGGAGAAACUUUCUGAGGUGGAGCAUGUAUGUGGCAUGCAGCUCAGAGACAUGGAAAGUCAACUGAACACAGCAAGGAGAGAACACACUAAAGCAGUUGUAGCAUUGCGCCAGGUGGAACGUGCAGCGGAGAGAGAAAGACAGCAGGAGAGAGAGGGGGAGAGAUUGCGCUCAGAACACACACAGGCACAAGUUACACAACUACACACACAACUGAAGGAAAAAGACAGAGACUGCAACAUUCUACUGGCCGUGGUUCAGCAGCAGGGUUUGAUGAAUGAGUAUAAGAAGAUGAGAAGAGCAGCGAAACACACAUCUGCAGCUCUGGUGGAAAAGCAGCAGCAGCAGAAGACUGGAGAUACCAGAUACCAAGAGGGAAGUGUGUUGAGUGUGUUGGGUGAGCUCCGUUCUCUGAGCUCAGCACUCAUACACAGCACAGAUGAGGAAGAUGAGAACAACGAGGAAGAUGAGGACAACAAUCAAAGGAGUCCACACACACAAACACACACACACAAACCCACUCAGUGAAGGAAUUUAGAUUCAUUGUUGUUUUUUUAUUAUAAUAAUUCAGUCCUAUUGGUAAUGUGUUUCAUCCCAACUUGUAGUUAAAGAAAAUAAAUAAACUUUUUCAAAGCAAUGAAAUUAUUAUAAACAUGGAUUUGUUGUAGAGAUCGAAAAGGUUGAUUGAGAACUGAGGAGAACUGAGACGUCUAGAGCAGAGUGUGAGAGAUUAGGGACAGGAGUUAGAGCGAGAUCAUGUGCAGUUAGAACAGAGACACAGAGAACUAGAAGACUAGGAACUGGUACAUGGAACAUAUGGAAUUCAGUGGAACCUGCUACUGGAACUCUAUAGACCCUGGAGUGCUAGUCAUUAGACCCGAAAGGGCCCUGGAGGAACUAGGGAUCUAGUCAGAGUGGAUAAAGCUGUAAGACAAAGCAGAUAAACAGGUUUAUAAAAUGUUAAAUCAGCACAAUAAAAAACAGAAACAAC